AUGUCAAUAAAUCCACUAGGCUACAGUCCUGUACUUCACAGACCAAAUUUUAUAGGCAGCCCUCAAGCUCUGAGCCAAGCAGCUCAGAUGUACAACGUUCAGUUGAAGAUACAGCUAGAUGCUCUCAAAAGAAGCAUGCUUGACUUCAAUUUUGCUUUGGUCAACACAUAUAAUAUUAUGACUAAUAUCAUCCAGAAUCCGGCUUCCACAGGCUUUGAAGACACAAGCAACCCUUGUUGCAAAGUGACCUCCCAGAUUCAAGUUGUAAUUGUAUACAUAAAUUUGGUGUUUGCCAUCGCAUUCCAUCAAAACCUUCAGUGGAAGUGGCCGUGCGACCAACUUUAA